UACUGGUUUGGACUUGGAUUAAUACUUUAUAUAUUAUUGAAUAAAUACACGUAUAAUUAAUUUAGUCUAAUUUUAAUUUAAUGUAGAAUCUAAAUGGCACUUUAUUAUGAUAAAUAAAGAUUUCGGACUUAUCCUGGGUAGCUGAUUAAUAAAUUUUUAAAGGCCAAAAUAGUUGUCAAAUGGUCAAAACUCAAAAAGUCAAAACCAGAUGAUCUAACCUCACUUAUUUGAAUUAAAUACUUAUUUUAUAGAGAUCCAGCAAAAUGAAUAAAGUCACUUAUUUACUACAAAUAAGACAGUUAAAUUCGUUAUCAGCUUGUAUUACAAAACCUCAUAGAAAUACGUAUGUAAAAACUUAUCCAACAGUCAUUGCCAAACCUGAUGGUUCUACUUAUACAAUUCGAUAUGAAGAACCUAGAAAGCUAAUAAAAUUACCUCUUAAUAUAUGGACCUUAAGUGAAGCUGAAAGAAAAGCAAGAUUAGAUGAACGUAAACCCAAGAGAAAAGUCAAGAUUGUAGAGGAUAUUGACGAUUCAUAUGAUUCUAAGAAAUAUCUAAAAUAUAUAAAAAGGAAAUAGGGACUAUAAAGUUUAUAGAUUUAUUAGAGAAGUAAAUUAUUAUUGUAUAUCAUUACUUGUAAAAUAUAUAAAUGACUAUUGAGUAA